AGAUGGCGUUUUUGCUACAGAAUGACGUCGCAAAGCCUUGUGUAUCUUCUUUUCCUCAGUCAUGUUACCAGCGGUCAGAUACGUUAUUCAAUCCCAGAGGAGAUGAGGAAGGGAUCCCUUAUUGGUAAUGUCGCAUUGGACCUCGGAAUAGAUACGCAGAGGCUCCGCUCUGGCCGAGCUCGUAUCGUGACCGGAGAAGGCAUCCAGUACACCGAGCUGAAGACAGACAAAGGGAUUUUAGUCGUGAACGAGAAAAUAGACCGAGAGCAGCUUUGUGGAGACGCAACGCCAUGUAGCUUCAGCUUUGAUCUGAUUUUAGAAAACCCGAUGGAGCUACACCACGUUACUGUUGAAGUAUUGGACAUUAAUGAUAAUUCACCUUCUUUUCAUCAGCACGACAUGCAAUUGACUAUUGGAGAAUCAGCCGCACCGGGAGCACGUUUUGUUUUGCCGACAGCCAAUGAUCCUGAUGUAGGAGUCAACGGGCUUCAGGAUUAUCAUUUAUCUCCAAACGAGAAUUUUAUUUUGAAAAAGCAUUCAAAUUCCGACGGAAGAAAACAGGCAGAGAUGGUACUUGAGAAACCACUGGAUAGAGAGCGAUAUCCAAGUCUGUCCCUAAAGCUGAUAGCAGUAGACGGUGGGACGCCACAGAAAUCUGGCACUGUAAAUAUAGAUAUCACUGUCCUAGAUGCCAAUGACAAUUCGCCUGUUUUCAAUCAGUCAGUCUAUAAGGCCACUGUAACGGAAAAUGCCGCAAAAGGGACCUAUAUCAUUACCGUGAAUGCAACUGACGCAGAUAGCGGAUCAUAUGGUUUGAUUUAUUAUUCUAUAUCUAAAAUGCAAGGCAGUAUUGACAGUAUAUUUGAAAUUAACAAGACAACAGGUGUGAUUUUUCUUUCAGGGCAGGUUGACUAUGAAAAAGCAAAGAAAUAUGAAAUACGUAUUGAAGCAACAGACCAGGGAGCUUUAACAGACUCGAGUAAAGUCAUAGUUGAUGUGACUGACGUAAAUGAUAAUCCACCUGUCAUCAAUGUAAUGUCAUUCACUAGUCCUGUGUCAGAAGAUUCGCCUCCUGGUACAACAGUUGGCAUUAUAAAUGUGAAAGACUUGGAUUCAGGUGACAACGGACAAGUUAACUGUAGAAUAGAACAAAACGCACCCUUCAAAAUUCAGUCUAAUUUAAGAAAUUACUAUACUUUGGUAACAGAUACUGCAUUAGAUAGAGAAACAGUUUCAGAGUACAACAUCACUGUAGUUGCGACAGAUGCAGGAAUGCCUCCUCUCUCAACAAAAAGAGCCUUUAACUUAAAGGUCUCUGAUGUGAACGAUAACGCUCCAGUGUUUCCACAGAGUGUUUACAACGCGUUUAUCACAGAAAACAACUCUCCGGGUGUUUCACUUCUUACCAUAAGAGCACAAGAUCCCGAUGAAAACCAAAACGCCCGUAUAUCUUAUAUGCUGGAUGUUAAUAACAAAGGCAGAUCUCAGGUGUCUGAAUAUGUUUCUGUCAGUGCAGAAAGCGGAGUUAUACACUCAGUGCGCUCAUUUGAUUAUGAACAAGUAAAACAGCUGGUAUUCGUUGUCAAAGCGCAGGAUGGAGGCUCCCCUCCACUCAGUAGUAAUGUGACUGUGAAAUUAAUGAUCCAGGACCAGAACGACAACCCUCCUCAGGUUCUGUACCCAGUCCAGACUGGUGGCUCUGUGGUGGCUGAGAUGGUGCCUCGUUCAGCAGAUGUGGGUUAUCUGGUGACUAAAGUGGUGGCUGUUGAUGUGGACUCUGGACAGAAUGCCUGGCUCUCCUAUAAACUGCAGAAAGCCACAGACAGGGCGCUGUUUGAAGUGGGCUUACAGAAU